AUAUAUUUUAUGUUGGGUUGAGUUUUUACUUAAAAAUAUUGUCAACCCGACCCAACCCAAUUAGAAACAAACCGUAGGGUUUAAUUUUUUUUUUUGGUGGGUUUGGGUUUGAUUUUUUCCAAACCGUAGUAUAUGGGUUGGGUGAUUAAAAUAGCUAAACCCGAACCACCCGACCCAUGUACACCCCUCGGUGGAAUAACUGACUGCUCCUUAUUCUAGUAUAUGUAUGAUUUAUUUCCUCUCAUGAAUCCUUGUCUCAGGUGCUUUGAAAAUUCUGGAACAGCACUUGGAUCAAUAAAGUUGAGAAGAGGGAAUCUAGUGGAAAUUUUGGGAAGAGACAAUGAGCCUGAUGGUGGAUCAUGGUUUCCAGGCCAGGUGAUUUCAGCACGUGAAGCCCAUUUCAUUGUGAGCUAUGAAUCACCUGGGGACGAAGAUGGAGAGCUUUUGACCGAGAAGGUGGUUGAACGGAGGAAAGAAGAGUUGUACCGAAGACUUUCUCUUAGCAUACAAGACAGAGUUCCCUUAGCCGUGCAGUGAGCGGUACUCCAUCCACAGUGCUGUCUACGGAUCCUUUCCCGGAUUCGGGUUCGUAUUAGUCUCCCCAGCGGCUUAGUCACAAGCUCCCUGCCCUAUUUUUUUUUAUAGCUUAUAGCAGAAGUAAGGAGUGUGCAAGUCUAGUUGUCACUCGGAGCCACUCUGUAAACACCGUUAGUCAAUAGGUUAGUUACCGUGUUCGGUAUCGACAGAGAAAGUAUGGAAUGACAGUGACACAAUAGCUCUAACAGAAGCAAACUGUCAAGAGGGAGCAGUGCAGUCAGUAUACAGAGUCGGCUUUUUAACCAUUCGAUUCGCGGGCUUAGUCACCCCUACCCUAUGGAUGGUUUCAUAGCUUCUGUCAGGUCAGGAGUGAACGAAGUAAAGGUGGUUUCAAGAAAGCCUUCCGUUGAUUGUGCGUUUACGCUUUGUUUAAGCAGCUUUUAAUGCGCUUUAGAAUCCAAAUAGCCAAUUGCAGGGGAAGGGGAUAGCACAAGUGAAUCAGCUGUGAGUGCUGCCGCUGCUUGAGUACUCGUAUCCGCUCUUGCUUUUGGGGGAAUAGGCUGGUCUUUCAUCCCUAUCCCUGGCUAUUGAAUACCCAGUGUUGGUAAUAAGCCUUACCGCUCUUACUCUUCCCACUGCAUCGAGAAUAACCUGCCUACCCGCUGUUCAUGGCAUUUCCGCUGUCGGUAAUAGAGGGGGCCUUACAAGUGAAUGGUGUUGAAACCUAGCCCGUCAUAGGAGUGUUGGACCUCAAAAAAGGCUCUAUUUACUAGGGGCAAGCCUAUUUGUGUGCAUUGAUUGAAUACCGGUUUGUUUGCAUUGGUACAUAAAGAGAAGCGCUUGGCACACUUCAGCGCUACUAGUCUUAGUCAAUCUUAUUAUUCGAAGCUUUCUGCGUUCAGUCAAUCUAAAAGGACUUCUAUUUAGAGACACCUAUCCUUAGCAGUCCUUUUCGAGCUCUCCCAUAUUAGGGAUAGGGAGAUUCCAAAAUACCGUCUCAAUUCAUCCAAGCAUGUUUGGGUACUUUUUGAACCCGGAGUAAAAUGAAAGGUAAAAGCUCAUGCAUGUCGAUGUGAGGAUAGGUCGUUCGUUGCCUUAUUCUUCUCAUUCUAACUUCUUUUCCUUUGCCGGUCUCCGCCCUUUUGCUUGGAAAGCGCACUGGAGAUAUUUUGGCUUUCUUGGCGUGCUUCUGAGAGGAAGUUUUUAUUCUACUGGUCUUCCUCUUGUGAUUACGAUUUCAAAUACAUACCAAACUUUCCAGAGGAGAUGCCGGUGAAGACUACCAGCCAAUGAUGGACCUGGGCCUACUACCGCCAAGUAGCCUAUGAAGUCUCAAAUUGAGUACUAAAGUCAAACUCAUUGUCCCCCCCAAAAGAGCAGCAACAAUCAACCCAUGGCAAAGCAGCAUACCCGUUUCAGCAUAGUCGCUCGUCUAAGGAGCCCCAAGUAACGAAUCCGAAUGCCUAUCUCCCGUUUAAUAAGACUUAUUGGAAUGGAAGAAGGAGAGAGGGGAUUUUAAAUUAAAAGCCAAACUGACAAUCGAGAGCCCGAUGCCGGUGAGUCAGGUAGGGCAGAGGAAAUGAAUUCAACAAUUCCAUGAGCGGUGGUUGGAGCGGACCUUUCCGUAAGGGAAGGCAUAGAUCCUCGAUCCAAGUCUCGUCUUUUGAGUGACGAUGUUCUUUCAGUUUUGGAAGUAAAGGUCAAAUCUUAAGCAGCAGAUACCACUAGAGAAAAUGCGGAUGAAAGAUAUGCUUAAAGAGAAUAAUCCGAUCUUUCAUCCACUGAAUCGAAUCAUACAUAACAUACGAUUUUGAAUCUGCAGAAUCAUAGGAAUUACACUGCCACUAAAACAUCGUUAUCUGGUCCGUCGCACGGAUGUGGUUUUCCACGACGGCAGGGUUCGCGUUCGCCGGGAGCCUGUGUCUCCAAAAAAGGGCUGUUAAGGUU